GAAUUGUUACUCAGGGACACAGAAUUGUUACUGAGGGCCACAGAACCGUUACUUAGGGCCACAGAAUUGUUACUCAGGACAGACACAGAAUUGUUACUGAGGGACACAGAAUUGUUACUGAGGGCCACAGAACCGUUACUUAGGGCCACAGAAUUGUUACUCAGGGACACAGAAUUGUUACUGAGGGCCACAGAAUUGUUACUUAGGGCCACAGAAUUGUUACUCAGGGACACAGAAUUGUUACUGAGGGCCACAGAAUUUUUACUGAGGGCACACAGAAUUGUUACUUAGGGCCACAGAAUUGUUACUCAGGGACACAGAAUUGUUACUGAGGGCCACAGAACCAAUCGUUGAAUUAAGAGUAUGUCAGACAACAUGCAGAGGAGUGGCAGAGGAGGCAAUGUUUUAGGAGCGAGCAGACGUGGCAGAGGAAGGGGUCGAGGCAGC